AUGAAACUUAUUGACGAUGCAGACACUACUACUAACUCCACUGAUUCUCCAUCACCAAUCCUCUGUCUAUGUGCAGACGAUGCUGAUGUCGCAUGUGUGAGCGUCGAUCAACAGCUACUUGCUUUCUGUGCUAUGGCCCUGGAUAGCUUCCAGUGCAUCACCUGGGAUAAAGUUAAGCUUGAGACUAAUAGUGACGACACCAUGGCCAACUUACUUACCAUCAUUAAGUUAGGAAUGCCUCAGUCACGUCAUGACCUUCCCAAUCAACUGCGUGAAUACUUCCCCAUCCGGGAUGAUUUGAGAUCAAUUUAUGGCGUUGUCAUAUAUAAAGACCGCAUCGUUAUACCUCCUCGAUUAUGUCAAGAGGUCCUAAAGGCACUCCAUGCUGCACACCAAGGGGUAUCUUCAAUGGUUGCACGCGCUGAAUCAUCACUAUUUUGGCCAGGCAUUACCAGAGAUAUACAGGCUUAUAGAGAAAGAUGCAGCCAUUGCAACAGAAUGACACCGUCUCAACCAGCAGCUCCACCUUAUCCACCCAUGUAUCCUACCUACCCGUUCAAAUGCAUAUGUGCUGAUUUUUUUCACCACAAGGGUAAUAGCUAUCUGGUUAUCGUUGAUAAAUACUCCAAUUGGCCGAUUAUCGAAAGAACGUCAGAUGGUGCCCAUGGUUUCAUUACUUCACUACGUCAAGUUUUUAUGACCUUUGGUGUUUGCGAUGAACUUUCUUCGGACGGAGGCCCAGAAUUCACUUCAGGAAGCACUCAAGACUUCUUGAAACAAUGGGGUGUCCAUCACCGCUUGUCGUCAGUUGCUUUUCCACACUCCAAUUGUAAAGCAGAGGUGGGGGUCAAGACUGCUAAAUGCCUGAUCACCAACAACACCGGUCCUCAUGGUCAACUGGACAACAAUGCUUUUCAACGAGCGAUCCUUCAGUACAGGAAUACACCUGACUCGGCAACCAAAACUUCCCCUGCCAUGUGUGUCUUUGGCUGUCUGAUUAAAGAUAUGAUACCAAUUCUACACAGUAAAUACUUACCACACCCAACGUGGAGGAGCACUAUGGCAGAUCGUGAGAUUGCACUACGAAACCGCCACAUGAGGUCUGCUGAGUAUGGUUCCAGCAUACACGUCGGCUGCCGGCCUUGGCUGGGACCGAAACUAGGGGAUGCUCCUAUCCCAGUUUGGUCUACACUUGAUACACCGCCGCUAGAUGAUCAAAAUGAUUCCAGAUCUACGGUUUCGCCAGGAUCUCCGCUAGUGACCUUACCUAAUCUGUCUACACCAACCACCCCUCCGCCACCUGUUAGCCAUGGAACACCCCAGUCUGUCACAUCUCCACCUACUAGCACUGACACUACGCCGCGCUCAGGUGAUAAUGGUCCGCAACGUUUAUCUCGUAUUCGUCGUCCGCCUAUCUGCUAUGGCAUUGAUACCGUUUAA